AUGUAGAAAAAUAAAAGAAGUCAAAUAAGAUAAAUAUCUCUAAAAAAUAAAUAAUAUGAAUAAGAAUAAGCAGAAUUAAUAUCUUCAGAUAAUGAUACUCAAGAUUUUCCUUAAUUAGAAAUGAACCAACAAUAUUAUAGUAUUAUAUAAUGGAAAAAGUUACAAGAUGAGAAAUUGUUAAAAAUGGCAGGAAAUAAUUUGAUAAUUUAAAACUCAAAACAUUAAAAUGAUUUACCAAAAUUACAAACUCUCCCUUUAAAAUCAUGUCUAAAGAAAAUCAAUGAGAAAAUAUCUGAUGAUUAAUUGGAAACAUAAAUUUCAUAAGAAAAAAUGAAACUUAAAGAGCUUUAGAUUAAAUAAUGUAUCAUUGUUACUGAAUUUAACAACAUUAUGAAUGAUGAUAAUAAUGAAGUAAUAUAAUGAAUUACAUCUUUAGAUAUCCAUUACUUUAGAUGAAUUAGAUGAUUUUAUUUUUAAACAUACAGAGUAAAAGAAAAAAGAAAAGUUUAAUAUAUCUAAAUUUGAUAAUAUAAAGAAAAGAAUUGAUCUUAAUCAGAAAAAUCUAAUUUGA